AUGGCGGCGGCAGAGGGGGAGGCGAGCCGGCUGUUCCGCGUCCGGCGCACGGUGAUGCAGAUGCUGCGGGACCGCGGGUACCUGGUGCUGGACGCCGACGUCGACCUGACCAUGGGCGAGUUCGUCGGGCGCUACGGCGACCCCGUGCGCCGCGACGACCUCGUCAUCAACCGCGCCAAGAAGGACAACCCCGACGACCAGAUCUACGUCUUCUUCCCGAACGAGCCCAAGCCCGGCACGAAGGCGGUCACCAGCUACGUCCAGAAGAUGGUGCAGGAGAAGGUCAGCAAUGGCAUACUCCUCGUGCAGCAGGCGCUGACCGCCUUUGCCCGCAACAAACUGGUCGAAACCUCUACAUUCCGGCUCCAGGUCUUCCAGGUCGCGGAAGGGGAGCUUCUUAUAAACAUUAAGAAUCACGAUCUGGUCCCCGAGCACGUGCUCCUCACACAGGAGCAGAAGAAGACGCUGCUGGAGAAAUACACCGUGAAAGAAACUCAGCUGCCUCGCAUUCAAUAUACGGAUCCAAUAGCAAGAUACUAUGGCAUGAGGCGUGGACAGGUCGUGAAGAUCACCAGGCCCAGUGAGACUGCUGGAAAAUAUGUGACAUAUCGCUAUGUUGUCUGA